AUGGCGGCCGAAAAGAUUGGAGGGAACGUAAAAAUGCCUUCUGAAGUGACUGAUAAGUCGCUCCAGCGAGAAUUAGCUGAUUCCAUCAUCCGUAUGGCACCAUUAGAUGAAAUACGGAUUCUGCUUGCUUGUGGAGCCAAGGUAAACGAACCUGUUACUCAAGGUCUGCGGCCCUUGCACUAUGCUAUCUGGCAAAGAUACCUGGAGGCGACGAGACUUCUCCUGGUACGAGGGUGUGAUAUAAACGCCACAGACGAUUGUGGGUACAGCGCCCUCCAUUUGUCUGCAGAGCAUGGAUACACGGAGCUCGUGAAGCUUUUGCUUGAAAGCGGUGCUGCUGUCGAUUACAGACCUGAUACGGGUGAAGAAUUUCCCCGCACAACCCUCUGUGAUGAACCGCUGAGACUCGCAAUACGAAACAAACAUUAUGCUGUGGCUCGUCUGCUGUUGGAGCACGGUGCAGAUCCCAACAAGCGGUACUUCUUCGGUUCAGAGAUCAACCUCGUUUCGGACCCUGAAUAUCUGGAGCUGCUUCUCAUGUUCGGAGCCAACCCUGACUCUAGAGACAGAGCCGGACUGACACCGCUGAUGAAAGCAGCAAGGCAGCGAAAUGGAAUCGAAUCUGUUCUGCUGCUACUCAGCUAUGGGGCCGACAUCAAUGCUAUGGCAGAUGCAAGAAAUGAUUAUAGAACCGUUAUGCAUUACGCUGUUUUAAGUGGCAACACUGACGUUGUGAAUCUAUUGAUGAAGCAAGGGGCUCGAGUGAACUACGAGAGCCCUGACCUGAACAAACCUUCGCCCGUGGAUCUCGUCAUUUUGAAGGGAGAUGUGGACAUGUUGCAGAUGUUACUUAAAGCCGGUGCGUCUGUCAACGCAUCGAGCUCAGUAAUCGGCACUCCGUUACAUGUAGCGUGCUCCGAUAAUAUUAUUAACAGAAAGGAAAUGAUUGAAAUUCUUCUAGAAAACGGAGCAGAUCCAAAUCAGAAGGUAUAUAAUGAAGAUGACGGCGCACAACUCAGACCAGCUCUGGCGGAGUACCUGGCCAGCAGCAUGACCCUGGAUGUAGAAAUAGUACACGCCCUGUUGAAACGAGGAGCCAGGGUGAUAAUGAAAACACAAUUCCGUGAUCCCGAUGGUAUACUCAACCACCUCCAGAACGCUGCAUUAGAAGAGAACCAGCACAUCUACUAUCUCCUUCUCAACGCUGCGGAGUCCUUCGAUCUUUGCAUGAUAAAAAGAACACAUCUUCUAUCGCCCAUGCAAAAAGAGGCUUUAAUAAAACGCGCUAAAACUCCAAUUAGCUUACUAGCACAAGUCAGAAUAACUCUACGCAAAUUCUUCGGUACCAGUCUUGUGAAGGUGGUUAAGCAGUUAGAGGUUCCCCCCAUUCUCCACCGCUACCUGCUUUUUGAAUGUCGUUAA